AUAAAGAGGCGGGAAAUGUCAACGAUAAGAUGGGAAUAGUUUCCAGCAGUAGUAGACGCGUUACGGAACUUUGUUUCUCUUUGCAGUAAAAAAGAGAAACAAAGAUGUCUGAACCAGCAAGAGACCGCUAUCGCCGUCUGACUGGUCAUCAGAUGGACGUCCAGCGGCUCCAGAACGUGGCCUACCUCUACCUGUGCAGGCUGGAGGAGGCUAAGAGGUGGAUGGAGGCGGUUCUGGGGGCGGAGCUUCCCGGCCCAGUGGAGCUGGAGAGGACUCUGAGGAACGGAGUCACUCUGGCCCAGCUGGGCCACCACUUCGCUCCCGCCGACGUCCCGCUGGAGCGGAUCUACGACCCGGACCAGCAGUGGUACCAGGAUGUUGGUCUGCAGUUCAGACACACAGAAAACAUCAACCUGUGGAGGAGCGCCAUGAUGUCAGUGGGCCUGCCGUCGGUGUUUUAUCCUGAGACCAUCGACGUCUACAACGGGAAGAACAUGGCCAAGCUCAUCCACUGCAUCCACGCUCUCAGCAACUUCCUGUCCCAACAAGCCUUGGCUCCGCCCAUUGUUGGUCUCCAAGGAAAAGUGAGCUUCACUGAAGAGGAGAUCAACCACAUGGAGCUGGAGCUGAGUCAGCACCGUGACCCCAUGGAGUCGUUUGAGGACAUCGGGGACAUCCUGGCUGACGAGCUGUCUGUGGACGCAGCAGCAGUCCAGACGGCCGUGGAUGCGGUGAACGCGGCGGUGGCCCGGGGCCAGCUGGAGGCCACGGCCCAGGCCCUCAGGAACCCUGCAGCUCUCCUCACCGGCCUGCAGGAGGCGCACAUGAGCACCUACCAGGAGGCGCUCAAGCAGGCCUGGAGGAGGAAGGCGGAGCUUGGAGCAGAGCAGGCUGGUUCCUCCAGGGACUCAGGACUCGUCCAGGGGAACCUGAGUCAAAAUGAGAUCCAGAAUCUUGUCCGGACCGUCAACGCUGCCGGGUUGGGAGAAAUCCUGGUGGGGAAGCGGACCAGGAGGCCAGUCCACCGGUUCGCCAUCGAGGCUCCGAGAUCGAGGGCGGAGGUCAACGUGGCAGACGGCAGUGGACAGAGGCUGGGUCAGAUUCCUUGGACCAGGUACCAGCUCGGCAGUAGGAACCCGGCGGAGCUGAGGCCCCUCCACUACGUCCUUUUCAACCUGCCUGGGAAGGUAGGAUCCAUCAAGCAGAACCUUCGGCGGUUCAACGGCUUCCCGUUCGAUGCCGACAGUCAGGAGUUCAUCCUGAAACGGGCCAAGCUGCUCAGGUCUGGUCAUGUGUCCCCCCAGGAGCUCUGUCCUCCCCGGGGCCACGCUGAGGGACAUCUGCUCCAUCCUGGCGCUGAGGAGAGGAGGAACCAGGCAGCAGCUCGUCCACCGGAUCCUCCGCUUCCUGACGGAGCCCAGAGACAGCGGGAAGCGCCCUCCAGUGGCCAGCAGGAGGCAGUAGUCUACAGCAGGUGGAGGAGUUCAAGGUAAAACCAGGCAGGUUCCUCUGGAGGACCCAAAAGGUUCUGCUCAGCACGGUUCCAACCCAAACUAGUGUUCUGUAAGACAUUAAGACAUGAAGUCAUGAAGUGGGAGAAAUCUGAAUGUCUUGAUUUCUGAAUUAUUACGUUAGCAUAAGAUGGGAAACCUUUGCUAGUUGGAGGGAAAACAUGGAGCUGGAGCAUCAUGAGAACCGGAUAGAUGAGUUCAACAGAUGGAAGAGACGGAAAUAAUGGACCAUCAUGUGAGAUACUAGUGGACAGAGGAUAAAUCUCUACAAUGGAAAGAAUCUAAGAUUCUUUAUCAGAAACGACUCUGAUGGAAAACAAACCAUCAUCAUGUCUUCUGGGACGGACCAAUCAUAAAAGAGAUAAAUAGAUAUUCUAGCAGAAUAUUCCUCUGGAGAUCAAGAUCAUGUGUUUUAGGGUAAUUCCUCCAGAAUAUCUGAUGACUAUUUUAUUAACGACAAGAAAGAAAAACCUCAAGA